GAGAGCGGCGCAUUUGCAUGUUGCGGAGUGAUUAGUGGGUUUGAAAAGCGAACCGUGGCUCGGCCCCAUUUCCCGCUCUGGUGGAGGCGCAGGAGGAAGUGUUUUGCUGGAGGAUGAUGACAGAGGUCAGGCUCCGCUAAUGGGCCAGUGAGGAGCGUGGCGGCGAGGCCGGGCGCCGCGCACACACGUUAGCACCCUGGGCACCACCGAUCUCUUAGGUGGACCCCGGUGUUGCUCUCGCACUCCAGCCCUACAACAGCGUCCGUGGAGAAAACUCUCCCGAGCGGCUCCUCGCGGGCAUCGUGCUUCCCAGCCGUUGUGGUCUUUAAGCAGCGGGGACAGAAAAAAAGCAAACCCAAAAAGCAAACGAGGAACCAAAGAUUCCCCAGCCCCACAAAAGUCUUGACAGGAGCUUUGGCCGUGAGCGACCCAGGAUGCCUCCUAAAGGGGGAAGACUUUAGGGGUGUGCAGAUGUGUGAAGCCUGUUAUUCGGAGAGCGGACAGACAUCCCCAAUUGCAGAGCCCUGCACUCCAGCCCCAAGGGACCCCGAGGCCCACAGCCAGUGCCAGCAUGCAGAACAGUCACAGUGGUGUGAAUCAGCUCGGUGGUGUCUUUGUCAACGGGCGGCCACUGCCGGACUCCACCCGGCAGAAGAUUGUGGAACUCGCGCACAGCGGGGCCCGGCCUUGCGACAUCUCCCGAAUUCUGCAGACCCAUGCAGAUGCAAAAGUCCAAGUGCUGGACAGUCAAAACGUGUCCAACGGCUGUGUGAGUAAGAUUCUGGGCAGGUAUUACGAGACCGGCUCCAUCCGGCCCAGGGCCAUUGGUGGCAGCAAACCCAGAGUGGCAACUCCAGAAGUGGUCAGCAAGAUAGCCCAGUACAAGCGGGAGUGCCCGUCCAUCUUCGCCUGGGAAAUCCGAGACCGGCUGCUGUCCGAGGGGGUCUGUACGAACGACAACAUACCGAGUGUGUCAUCAAUAAACAGAGUCCUCCGCAACCUGGCUAGCGAAAAGCAGCAGAUGGGCGCAGACGGCAUGUAUGAUAAACUAAGGAUGCUCAACGGGCAGACCGGAAGCUGGGGUGCCCGCCCAGGGUGGUAUCCAGGGACUUCCGUGCCUGGGCAGCCCACGCAAGAUGGGUGCCAGCAGCAGGAGGGAGCGGGGGAGAACACCAACUCCAUCAGCUCCAACGGGGAGGACUCGGAUGAGGCACAGAUGCGGCUGCAGCUGAAGCGGAAGCUGCAGCGGAACCGGACCUCCUUCACCCAGGAGCAGAUCGAGGCCCUGGAGAAAGAGUUUGAGAGGACCCACUACCCAGACGUAUUUGCCCGGGAGAGACUAGCCGCCAAGAUCGACCUGCCCGAAGCCAGGAUACAGGUCUGGUUUUCCAACAGAAGGGCCAAGUGGAGGAGAGAGGAGAAGCUUCGGAACCAGCGGAGGCAGGCCAGCAACACCCCCAGCCACAUCCCCAUCAGCAGCAGCUUCAGCACCAGCGUGUACCAGCCCAUCCCACAGCCCACCACCCCUGUGUCCUCCUUCACGUCUGGCUCCAUGCUGGGCCGGACAGACACGGCCCUCACCAACACAUACAGCGCGCUGCCCCCCAUGCCCAGCUUUACCAUGGCCAACAACCUGCCUAUGCAGCCCCCUGUCCCCAGCCAGACCUCCUCGUACUCCUGCAUGCUGCCCACCAGCCCAUCGGUGAAUGGGCGGAGCUACGACACCUACACGCCCCCGCACAUGCAGACUCACAUGAACAGUCAGCCCAUGGGCACCUCGGGCGCCACGUCCACAGGUCUCAUUUCUCCCGGCGUGUCGGUUCCAGUCCAGGUUCCUGGGAGUGAGCCUGAUAUGUCUCAGUAUUGGCCAAGAUUACAGUAAAGAAAGAAAAGGAAAUUGUGCUUCUCGGUCAGUGACUUUUGUGGCCACACGGGGCGCUCGGGAAAGGUAAAAGUGGGACUGAAAGGCGCUGAAGCACUUCCCACGCUGGCCUGGGGCGGUGGCCUGGGCCACGCAGGACAACUGUGCGUACCAAGGCGCGAUCUCAGUUGGAACAAAUCUUCAUUUUGGUAUCCAAACCUUUAUUCAUUUUGGUGUAUUAUUUGUAAAUGGGCAUUUGUAUGUCAUAACAAAACACAACAAACAAUGUAGGCUGGGUGGAGGUUUGACCCAGGGUGGUCAUGAACGUGUUUGAAGAAAACAAAGGAAAAAAAAGGAAACCAUGAUCAGCAAGGUUUGCCACGAACUUAAGAGUUUUAUCCAGAUAUAUCGAGUCCUUCUACCCAUCUGUUCCUAGGCAGUGGGCUGAGGCCCCACGUUUGUAUCAUCCCUUGCAUAUAAUUCAACCUGGAAUGACAUGCACUAGAUUUAUGUAAGAAAUAUGUUGGUUUUCCAAAGGUUGUUAACAAAUGAAGUUUAUGUGCAAAAAAAAAAGGGGGUAAGCUAUAAAUUCAAGGAAGAAAAAGUUGAUAGCUAAAAGGUAGAGUGUGUCUUCGAUAUAAUCCAAUUUGUUUUAUGUCAAAAUGUAAGUAUUUGUCUUCCCUAGAAAUCCUCAGAAUGAUUUCUAUAAUAAAGUUAAUUUCAUUUA